AUGGCCUUCAUCGCCACCCCCGCCUUCUCCAACCUGUACUCCAGCGGACUACUAACAACAGCCUCCCUACCCAGCAACAGUUCCGCCACCAUCCUCGAUACAUCCGGAGCUGAUUCCGCUUUUCUGACUGGUCAGACAUUGCCCUUCAACCCUUACGAAGUCGUCCUAUCGAGCGGUCAGAUGCAUCACCAACAUCAUCAAAGUGUAGUGGAGGCUAUUAGUUUAAACCAAACCGACAAGAAGCCGAUCCUGGAUCCGUUCGAUCCGGCAGCUGUUGUCCCGCUUCCGAGUCAACUGGAAGAUCAGUUUGGCCCCUUCACCACUUCUGUCUGGAAGCGCAACGAGCGUGAGCGAUUCCGGGUCCGCUGCGUUAACGACGGGUACCAGAAGCUGCGACGACACUUGCCCGUAGCUGAAGAUGAAAAACGCCUCUCAAAAGUGGACACUCUCCGAUUGGCCAUCCGCUAUAUCCGGCACCUAUCGGAAAUCGUCAGAAAUGAGAUGCACCUGCAUCACUGUCGAUGCUUCGAAAACUUCACCGAACAAUCCGAGGGCCACGUCCAGAUUUAUUUGGCGGCAAAUGGAAGACGGAUC